CAGCAUCGAUUCCGGUGAAGAAGACCAGUAGGACAGAAACAAUACCUGCCGUUUAUUUAAAUACGUGCAUUUUGUACUGAUUAUGAAUCCUGUAACCAGCGGCUAAUAGAAGAUGACCAACUAUAAAGAGCUUCUGCAAGAGGCCACCACACUACUCGACGCAUUUCAGCCGAACGAGCAGUGCGUGGAGACUUUCACAGAGAACGCUUCAAAAAGUCUCGAGAACAAAUAUGAUACUGAGGAUAGGAGUUUUCUUCUGGAUUUGGUGUCUGGAUGCAUAGAGCAGAAGAAGGUGCUUGAUGUUGUGGUUGGUACUUUCUAUGACCAUCAUGGGAAGCUUGUGCUGAAAGCCGACCAUAAUAGGUUUUCUGUUAUAUGCUACAUCGCCGUUUUCCUUCUUGAAGAUAUUGGGUUGAAACGUUUCAGUAAGAUCAUUAAGUCACAAGACACCUCAAAGAUGCACAAAUUCCUGAGUUUCCUCUUCAGCGUGCACAACCUCAGCACCUGGAUCCAGGGCGAGUGGAGUCAGAUCUACGACGACGCGUACGUGGAGCACAACUGGAUCCUCCCGCUGCUCAGGUGGCGCCCUCAGGUGGAUGAGCUGCUGGAGCAGUUAUCACGCAGAAUAUCCAGCGGCAGUGUGCCCAAGAAAGCACUGGCCAAUCACACGCAGCCAAAGGAGUUUGCCCUGACUAAGCCCAAACCCCGCCCACUACCAGUCCCUGAGCCAAUCCCAACACAGCAGAAACAUCAGCCAGUGAAGCCCAACAUCUUCAAACCGCCCAAAGAGCAGCAGAUUCUGGAGGAGCUCCGCCAGAAGAACCGGCAGAAAGCUCAGCGAGUCCUGUAUGAGGCCAACAUGCAGCAGUUCAAGUGUGCCAAGCCCCAGAGGUCUGAGAGAACUGAGAAAGUAAUUUCUCAGAUCAAAGAGGCGCAGGAGGCUCAACUGAAGUUUGAUGCUGUCUUCACCUCUGGAACUCCAGCUACCCACAAGGUGAACAGCCUGCCCAUCAGACUGAACAGCACCACUAUCCUGAGAGAGGGGGCAUUCUACAACAAGCAGCUGGAGCAGGAGCUUCACAGGCUGGAGUGUGUGGCGGAGGGGGGCAGUGAGCCCUCAGGGUUCCUGCGCUGGCAGCAGCAGAUGCGUGAGCGUGACGAGCGGGAGCAGCUGGCCGCGCUGCAACAGCGCCACCUAGAGGGCCAGAUCAGCCACGAGGAGGCCGCGCUCGCGCGCACCCGCAUCACCCAGCGCAACCAGCAGAGGGCGCAACUCAAGAAGGAGGAGACGGCGGAGCUGAUGCGUCAGUAUGCUGCUAAGCGGCUGCAGGAGCAGGAGGGCAUGAAGGAGCUCGUGCAGCAGGUGGCCGACUCACACAGCAACUCCAGACUGGCCAGAGCCCAGCUGCACACCUUCAAACAGAGCGUGGUGCGAGAGGUGUGUGAGCAGAGUCGUGAGCUGCUGGCGCGUGCCCUGGAGGAAGCGCAGGAGGAGAUGAGCAGGAAGUUGGAGCUGAUUCGCCAGAUCCGCGCCAUCGAGUCCAUCCCCCGCCCCCAGCACAAGCUCCUGGACGACACCGAGAUGGCAGGCCACGCCCUGCUGUGUGAGAUGUCUCUGGCGGAGCUGCGUGAGCGGCUGUGCGUGCUGCGCGUGGCUGAGCGGCGCCACCUAGAGGAGCGGAAGAGACGUGUGCAGCAGGAGAAGCAGAGCAGAGAGCAGCUGCUGCUGGAGCAGAUGGACAACAUCGCCACCUGCAGGACCGCCAUGGAACAGGCCGCCGCGCGCAGGCAGGCAGAGCGUGUGUGUGGUGUGUCUGCGCGAGAGCACCUUCAGGAGGAUGAGAAGCUGCAGGCCCUGAGACACACACUGCAGGAGAAACAGCAGCAGAGGAGCCAGCUCACACACACACUCACACACACACACACACACACACUGCAGACGCAGAGGAACACUCACACACACCGGCUGAAGCAGUGGGACCAGAGGAAGAAGGCUCUGGAGGAGCAGCAGUGGGAGGAGCUGGAGAAGAGCCUGCAGAUGACCAUACAGCAGGGGACGCCACACACCAGCUGAUGCACCAACACACACACACACACACACACACACACACACGCACGCACGCACACACACGCACGCACGCACG